CACAUGUUAAAAAAUUUAGAAGUAAUUCAAUUAUUUUAAGUAAAAGAUCUUCAUAUUUUCGUACCGCUUUUUCUCAAUGUUGGGCGAAAAAACAUGGUGAUGUUUACUUGUUUGAUAAACCAAAUAUGUCCCCAAAAGUAUUUACCGCAAUAUUAAGGUAUCUUCAUUUUGGAAAUAUUAAAUUAGAGAGAUUGGAUAUAUCGACCGUAUUAGAUUUAUUAAUAGCAUCAGAUGAAUUAUCUUUAGAAGAACUUACAUCUGAAAUACAAACAUAUUUUAUUCAUCUUAAUUCUGAUUGGUUAAAAACAAAAAUAGUUCCAAUAUUACAAUGUUGUUAUUCUAAUCCGACAACUUUCUUAAAACUUAAGGUACAUACCUUAACGAUAAUUAAAAGAGACCCAACAUGUUUACUCAUACAAAAUGAUUUACAUUCAUUAUCAGAAAAAAUUUUAAAUAAUAUAUUAAAAGAAUGUUGUAAUGGAUUGGAUGAUUGGGCUAUUUGGCAAUGUAUUUUAAAAUGGGCUCUAGGUCAAGAAAAAAUCAAUGAAUUUUCUCAUGAUGUUAAAAAAUGGCGUCAAAAUGAAUUUAAUAUGUUACAUGAAACAAUGUAUAAAUUGGUAGAAGAAUAUGUUAGAUUUAGUCAUAUUAGUAGAAAUUAUUUUUUAGACAAGGUUUUACCUUAUUUAAAUUAUUGGAUAAAAGAUACUAUUAUAUCAGAAGAAGUUGGAGAGGAUUCUAACAAAGAAACUGUUUUAUAUUAU